CCAGGGCUGGUUCGAAAUGUCACAGUUCUUAGGGGACUUGCCGUAUUUCUGGCAAGAAUGAUUUGCUUUCACGCAUUCAUAGAAAAUCAGAACAUCAGAAGUUCAGAUGAAAACCUGAAGAAGUCGAGCAAUGUAUCAACAUGUUAAACUGGGCCUGCUUCUGGUUGUGUCUAUGGCUGUAACUGAAGAUGUAGAGAAUUACGAGCCAAAAUUAGCAACAGACAUGCUUUACAAUGUAACGGAUAAAACAUUUGUGCUGGAGUGGCCAGGCUGCAUUUUUCCUGAAAAUACAACUAAUGUGUGGGUGGUAGUUGCACGGAAUAAAUCAUAUUCUGGCAUUGACAAUUCAAGCCUUGGUAUUUCAAUUCCGUAUUCCAAUUUCAUAAAUGGAAAUGCUCCAUAUUAUCAUACUCUUCCUGUCUCUGCUGGACAAUAUACUUGUGAAACAAAUAACUCCAAACACGUGAUCCAUAUUGGUUGUGAAUCAUGCCCAGGAACAGAGUUCUGCAAUGGUAAAUUAAGUAAUAAUGACUCCUACAGAGUGAAAUUUGUGGUGGUAAAAGGCUCUGUUGUAGUUAACUCAACAAAGUGGUCAGGGGAAAUCCCCCUAGUACAAGAUGACCCAUUUCUAAAGAGCGUUUGGGCAGGUCGAAGUGGGGGAAUGAUUGUCCUAACUACCAUACUCUGCAUCCUACUAGCUAUUUUGCUGGUUUUACUUAUUAUUGCACUAGUUGUUGGAAGCAAGGACAUAUGCUGGAAGCGGACCCUGUACAAUGAAAAGAGCGUGGCCACCUUUGAUUUCAUUCCUUAUCCCUCAUACAAAUUACAUACUAACGAUUAUGACCAUAUCAUUUUAACAUCUUAAAAGUGAAAACGUUUUAA